AAACACACCAUGUCGAACGUCCCCUCCACACCCGGCCCAUCGACUCCUCUUCGCGAAAGCUAUACCUACCACAGUCCGACGCCAACAACAUCGGGACCUUAUAUACUCGGAGUCGACGAAGCUGGUCGGGGCCCCGUGUUGGGUCCUUUGGUUUAUGGCGUAGCUUACUGCCCAGUGGCCUACAAGGAGACACUGGAAGAGCUUGGUUUUGCAGACUCGAAAACACUCACCGCCGAAGUUCGGUCUUCGUUACUUGAGACACUUGGCUCUGACCCAACAAAUCUUGCUUGGUCUGUGCGAGUGAUCAGCCCUCAGGCCAUUUCCCAGGGGAUGCUGCGCCGGCCACCAACGAAUCUAAACGUCCAAUCUCAAAACGCCACUGUACUGUUGAUACAAGAGGUGCUCAAGAUGGGUAUAGAGCUACGAGAAGUUUAUGUUGACGCUUUGGGCCCCACUGCGACCUACAAAGCAUAUCUAUCUGCUCGAUUCCCCGACAUUUCUUUCACUGUAGAAAACAAAGCCGAUGACAAGUUUAAGAUUGUGGGUGCAGCAAGUGUUGCUGCCAAAGUGACCCGUGACGCGUGCAUCGAGGACUGGGUAUUCGAAGAGAAGGGUGGGGCCGAUGAUUGGGACACCGAGAUGGGCUCAGGGUAUCCCGCGGGCGAGUACUUUCAGCACUCUUGCCAGUUUUGCAACUUACAAUCCUUAGACCCCAAAACAAAAGCUUGGUUACAAAGGACGCUUGAGCCUGUGUUUGGUCUACCUAAAGUCGUGAGAUUCUCGUGGUCGACUGUCAAGGUGUUGCUUGAAAAGGAAGGCAAAGCCGUGAAGUGGAUCGACGACGGCCAAGAGUCCCUUAUAUCAGCAUUUGAGAGUGCAAAGGGACGCGAAAAAGACCGUUGCGCGGUGGCCAAAGAUCUCGCACUCAAGAGCGUGGCGACCUUAUGA